UAUCAAUCAAUGGAACAAAGAACUUCCUUGUGCGAUUUUAGCUUCCCGAAGUUCAUGAAAGGGUUUUGACAAUAAACGAUUUGGUUAUGAAUACAAUUAUAAGAAGAACUAGCACAAGUUUUAUUUUGGUCGAUUCUAGGGGUGAAUGAUGUGAAAGUUCAAAUAUGUCAGAGGAAGUUGAAGGCCUUGAUAAAUGUGAAGGUAUCAACAAAGAGUAUUUAGAUUGUAUGCAAUGUAAGAACCAAUUCGACGAAGAUGACCGGCAACCAAUAGUUUUACCAUGUCUUCACACUAUCUGUUCCUCAUGUGUGAAUAAUGGUAUUGAAGAAUCGCAAUUGUCAUGUCCAGAUUGUAGUCGGAAGUAUGAAGUACCUGAUAGUUCACCGAAUGCGUUUAUUGUCGAUUAUACACGAUUAGACAUUGUGAAUUUUGUCAAUUCGUUCCAUCAAGGCAAAGACAUUUCAUGUGAGAACUGUGAAGAUGGUAAAAUUGCUGCCUAUAGAUGCCAACAUUGCGAAACGUUUCUAUGUACACCAUGCAGAAAAAGUCAUAUAAACAUUCGAAAACUCAAACAUCAUAAAAUAAUUGCCAUAGCAGAUAUAAAAGAUGUCUUCGAUUUUAAACAGGAAAUGUUGUGUACAAUACUCAGACAUAAGGACAAACCAUUGGAUAUAUAUUGUGCAGGUGAGGAAUGCAAAAAGACAGUUUGUAGUAUGUGCUGGAUGGAGGACCAUUCCGGCAACGACCAUAUUAGAAAAGACAUAACAAACCAAUUUGAAGAAGAAACAAAUCUUCUUUUAACUAAAGAAGAUGUGGUAAAUGAAAAGGUUGUGAACCUUAGUCGACUUCAAGAGUGGUUAAAUGACGAAACUGAUGAUGUAAGCAGACAAACGAUUAAAGCUGAGUUAGAAAUAGCAUCGUUUUUCAAUCGUUGUAUUCAUUUGUUGGAAAAAGAAAAGAAUUUUUGCUAGAAAAGCUGAACACAAUGUCGGACAAAAAGCUAGAAGACUUAAGAAAUCAGAAAGUAGAUUUAGAAAGUAGAAAAGGCAGGUUUUCUCAUGGCUCUUCCUUUCUAAAACAGGCUUGUUUGUCUCAGAAUCCUGCUGCAUUCCUCACUUUAACUCCAACGAUUUAUAAACACUUAGAAGAAUUAAACACCUUGGAGUUUGAGACUGAGGCAAACAUACACAGUGAGCUCACCUUUUUAUUGAAGGCAAAGGCGCAUGCUUCGAGGAAAAGGUGAAAACAUUUGGAGAUGUUCUAUCAUCCGAUGCAUACCCUGAUACGUCAAAAUUGGCAAUACCAAAUUCAAUGUUCAGAAAUCUAAGCAAAACCUUCAAAGUUACUCUGCGAGAUUACAAUUCAAAACCAGUUGAUGAAUCAGCUCACGUGUCAUUGUUAGUAAACGAAGAAAGCUCUGGAAAAAGAGCCAGAAUUAAUUUUAAAGAAUUUGGAGACGGCGUAUACGAGGUCGAUUGCACAUUUAAAAACUCCGGAACCUACAGCUUAAAACUGUUGGUGAAUGGAGUUCAAUUCAAAGAUUUGCCAGAAAUGGAAUGCGUAGAACACG